AUGGCUGAUCAAAAAAAUGUUCCCUCUCCAUCAUGUUCUUCUUUAAUAACUUGUUCCCUUUCUUCAGAAGAAAGUAUUUUAAGAAAUUAUGUUGACGAUGAGGAACUACGUCAAUGUGCAGUUGAAAUCUUGCAUCAAAAUUCCAAGUUAACAAUUCAUGUUAUUACCAGUGCAGAGUCACCUGCUAGAACUAAACUACGAAUGUUACGGUGA